CUCAAGCUCACCGUCCUGUGUGCAAAGAACCUGGCAAAAAAAGACUUCUUCCGGUUACCUGAUCCCUUUGCCAAAGUGGUGGUGGACGGUUCUGGCCAGUGCCACUCUACAGAUACUGUGAGAAAUACAUUGGACCCAAAGUGGAAUCAACAUUAUGAUUUAUAUAUUGGAAAGGCGGAUUCUAUCACCAUCAGUGUUUGGAACCACAAGAAGAUACACAAAAAGCAGGGAGCUGGUUUUCUGGGUUGCGUCCGCCUGCUCUCAAAUGCCAUCAACAGACUUAAAGACACCGGCUAUCAAAGAUUGGAUCUCAAUAAGCUUGGCCCCAACGACAAUGACACAGUCAGAGGGCAGAUAGUUGUGAGUCUUCAGUCAAGAGACCGCAUCGGUACCGGAGGACCAGUGGUGGAUUGCAGUCGUCUCUUUGACAACGACUUGCCGGAUGGGUGGGAAGAGAGAAGAACAGCCUCUGGAAGAAUACAGUACCUUAACCACAUCACACGCACCACACAGUGGGAGAGACCCACCAGGCCAGCUUCAGAGUACUCUAGUCCAUCUGGGCGACCCUUGAGUUGUGUGGUGGAUGAGAACACACCGGUGAUGACUCCCAUUAAUGGAGCGGAGGCCAGCGGCCCACCAGUAGAACAGCGGCUCCAAGAAAGACGAGUGCGAUCUCAACGGCACCGCAACUAUAUGAGUCGAACACACUUGCACACGCCUCCAGAUCUGCCCGAGGGUUAUGAGCAAAGAACGACUCAACAGGGCCAGGUCUACUUCCUGCACACGCAGACCGGAGUCAGCACCUGGCAUGACCCGCGUGUUCCCAGGGACUUGAGUAACGUAAACUGCGAGGAGCUUGGCCCGCUGCCGCCAGGCUGGGAGAUUAGGAACACCGCUACCGGGCGUGUCUACUUUGUGGACCACAACAAUCGAACAACUCAGUUCACAGACCCGAGACUGUCUGCCAAUCUGCAUCGGGUUCUCAACAGUCCCAGUCCAAAUGGAUCCCGUGUGGUCUCAGACAGCCAAAACACUAACCACAGCCAUCCAGCUCAGAUGAAGGGCCAGGGAGGUUCCAGUGGCCCUCAGCCAACUCUGUCCCCAGCCCAGUUGCCGGAAGAGGCCGAGUGCCUGACUGUGCCUCGGUACAAGCGAGAUCUGGUGCAGAAGCUGAAGAUUCUUCGUCAGGAGCUCUCGCAGCAACAACCCCAAGCAGGCCACUGCCGCAUCGAAGUGUGCCGUGAGGAGAUUUUUGAGGAGUCAUACCGGCAGGUGAUGAAGAUGCGACCGAAGGAUUUGUGGAAAAGACUGAUGAUCAAAUUCAGAGGAGAGGAGGGACUAGACUACGGUGGAGUUGCAAGGGAAUGGUUGUACUUGUUGUCCCAUGAGAUGCUGAACCCCUACUACGGCCUGUUCCAGUACUCCAGAGAUGACAUCUACACUUUACAGAUUAACCCUGACUCGGCUGUCAACCCGGAGCACCUGUCGUAUUUCCACUUUGUGGGUCGCAUCAUGGGCAUGGCGGUGUUCCACGGCCACUACAUUGACGGAGGCUUCACUCUGCCUUUUUACAAGCAACUGCUCGGAAAACCCAUCACACUGGACGACAUGGAGUCUGUGGACCCGGACCUCCACAACAGUCUUGUUUGGAUCCUGGACAAUGACAUCACUGGCGUCCUGGACCACACCUUCUGUGUGGAGCACAAUGCUUACGGAGAGAUCAUCCAGCAUGAGCUGAAACCCAACGGAAAGAGCAUCUCUGUCAGCGAGGACACCAAAAAAGAAUAUGUCAGGUUAUAUGUGAAUUGGCGUUUCCUACAUGGCAUCGAAGCCCAGUUUUUGGCCCUGCAGAAAGGCUUUAAUGAGGUGAUCCCACAGCAUCUGCUCAAAUCCUUCGACGAAAAGGAACUCGAGUUGAUCGUGUGCGGGCUGGGAAAGAUCGACGUCUCCGACUGGAAGUCCAACACGCGUCUCAAGCACUGCACACCGGACAGCAAUAUCGUCAAGUGGUUCUGGAAGGCGGUGGAGUCGUUCGAUGAGGAGAGGAGGGCGCGCCUGCUGCAGUUUGUCACCGGCUCGUCCAGGGUGCCCCUCCAAGGUUUCAAGGCGCUACAAGGUGCGGCGGGGCCUCGACUUUUCACCAUUCAUCAGAUUGAUGCCAACACAAACAAUUUGCCCAAAGCCCACACCUGCUUCAACCGUAUCGACAUUCCGCCCUACGAGAGUUACGACAAGCUGUACGACAAGCUGCUGACCGCCAUCGAGGAGACGUGCGGCUUCGCAGUGGAAUGA